AGUCCUACGCCCAUCCCUUGCUGGCUCGACUACAUCAAGGGUAUCUCGGACCCGCGGGCCGCGGCCGCGCGGCGCCUCAGUGUGGCGGCGGACACUGGUCAUGACGCAGGUGGUGCUGGUGGCGUUCCUGUGUGUGGCGGCGGCGGCGGUGGCGACGGGGCAACAAGCGGCUCCCCCGACCUCGGCUGAAGAGUGCCGCCUGUGUCCCCGGGGCUGCCACCGGGUGCCCCGCGCUGAUGGCUCCUGUCCUGUCUGCAUUUGCGACGGCGUGGCCCUGACAGACUGUGGCCCCGCCCCCUCUGAGUGCUCCGAGGGGUGCGAGGUGGAGCGGGCCUUCCGCGGCUGCCUGGAAUGUUCCUGCCGUCACCGUGACGCCGCGCUGUGCCCCCCCGUGGGUGCCUGUCCCGAGGCGUGCCAACAGCUCGUCGGGGGCAGCGGCUGCCCCGAGUGUGUCUGCGAUGUGCCCAAGCCCGUCUGUCCGUUCAUCCAGUGCCCCGAGGACUGCAGGAUAGUGGAGCAGGAGGGCGGCUGCCCCAGCUGUCAAUGUGACCCUCCCGGCAUCUGCCCCGCCAUUCCAGAGUGCCUCCGAGGUUGCAUCGACCAUGAUGAGGAAAGUGAAUGUUUCACUUGCAACUGCACAACACCGUCUAGUCCGCCAAACGUGGGAAAGUCCGACCCACCCGCAUUCAUUCUUUUUCCAGACCAGAGGCCCACUACCUCUAUCGUCGUCAAUGAUCCUCUGACCCCAGUGGGAAGCGGUCAUCCCUCAUCUGACCGGGAAUACCCAGCGUCUCAGUGCCCCAAACAACCCUUCACGUGCCCCGCAGACUGCCGCGUGGGCAUCACUCCCCAAGGGUGUCGCGAGUGUCAUUGCGGCGACAACGCCCAGAUGUGCCCGGGCGUGGAGCCCUGCCUCAGCCGCUGCCAUAUCAUUGACACAAGGAACGGAUGCUGCACCUGCCAGUGUCAUCGAAUGCCUGUCAAGCCCCGACCCAUCCUCUGGAAAAUAUUCAGAUCCACCUUUCUAGAACCCGCAUUUAACCGUCCCCAGGGCCCUUGGACGAGAUAGUCUUCCUUCAUUUGGGGUCGCUCACGCUGAGACGACGUAAGGAGGGAAAGACUACAAAUGCGGGAGGCACGCUCAGUAUUCCACAUAUGCCGAAAUGCGCUCCAGAUCAUAUUGAGCACGUAACAGCAUCCCACGCAGCACGAACUGUACCGAGUCCCACGGGUUACCAUCUCAGUGUGAAAAGAAAAACAACAACACGUCUCGGCGGCCACCCUCUCCCGCGACGCUGCUGUAUACACGCUGUGCAACACGAGCAGCACCGCAGCGCCGCACCAGGACACAGCAGCGCAACACAGCACCCGCAACUCAACAUACAUCCUCACAACACAAAAUAACAGCACCUCACCGCAAUACGACACAACACGUCUCACCACACCUCAAAACAUUAGUGCAACACAACGCCCACGAUGAGCAACACAAAAUUGAAAUGCACAUGUUUACGAUCA